AUGGAUGGUAUAUCGUUUCAUCUCGAGGAAAACGUACAGCGUUGGAAAUUUUUCGUGCAACGGAGAAUAGCUGACGAGGUAAAUAUUUCAGAUAAACAUCAUUCGUGUGUUAGUAUUAUGAAUCUUAUUGAGAAGGCUGGGUUGUUAAAAACUAUUUCAGAUGUGGGCCCGUUUUAUCCUCAGCUUAUUAGAGAAUUUAUAGUUAACUUGCCAGCUGAUUUUAAUGAACCGAGUAGCCCAAAUUAUCAGACUGUUCAUAUUAGGGGUCUUAAAUUUACAAUUUCUCCUACUAUGAUAAAUGGUUUUCUGGAAAAUGCUGUUUCAAUAAACUUUUCUUCAUCAUCUCCGUCAACUGAUUUUUUGGCUUCUGUAUUAUCUGGAGGGACAUUAUCUUCUUGGCCUAUUAAUGGUAUACCUGCAGUUGCUCUAAGUGUCAAGUAUGCCAUUCUGCAUGAGAUUGGUAUUGCAAUUUGGUUUCUUUCAUCCCAUGCUUCUAGUGUUUCUGCUGCGUUAGGCACAUUCUUGUAUCGCAUCUGUAAUAACGACAGGGUAAACGCUGGUGCAUUUAUAUAUAAUCAACUGUUAAGGCAUGUUGGAUCAUUUGGGGUCAAGCUUCCGAUUGCUCUACCAAGGUUCUUUUCUUGUUUACUUUUACACUUAAAUGCUGCUGUGUUAACCACCUCUGAUGCACCUAGUUCUGAUCCUAAGACUUUAUCCCUGAGCUACAGACUCUUUCAAGGCAGUCAUAUGCCCGAUAUAGAUCAUGAUAUGCAUCCUUCUCGAGGGCCUUAA